AUGUCUCCCAAUUAUCUUGAGUAUCUGCCGCACGAGUUUGCAGAAUACGCUCAACGCGCGUUACAUGGUCAACUCGCAGGCCAAAAGAUUCAUUCCCUACGCAUACACACGUUCCUAUUCAGCCCUUGGCAGAGACUUCUGGUGCUUCAAGAACCAGCAGACGGAACCAGACUUCCUGGCCAUGAGCCAUGGGGAGUUCCCUCGACUCAUGUCAUCUUCCCGCGAUCCGCUGAAGGGGAGGAGACAGUCCACACCGGGGACCGGAAAGGGCAGUCAAGUGAAAUUCGGGAUUCGGUGCGCGUUUCGGCGAGGGAUUCGAUCCACGAUAUGCUGGAACAGAUAGGAGGACAGAAGCUGAGAGACAUAGGGAAGGAAGGAGACGAUGUGAUAUUUGGGGUUGAUGGGGGAUGGUCGCAGUCGCAAGCCGGGGUUCAAGAGCCUUCUCUGACUGUCAAUCUUGCCGUCGUCUUCCACUGCUCUGCUAAUGUGGACUUGACGAGUUUGGAGAGGUAUAGAGAGGGAAGGUUCGGUCUGAACGGGAGAGAAUACUAG